CAAGUCAGUUUUAAACGGACAGACGCCUAUUAAUCGAAAGUGAAUAACAGACUUCUAUCAUGCCUUCUACGUUUGUGCUUUAUAGGAAGAUAAAUGUGUUUUAAUUGGCAUUACAUGUACUAAAGACAUAGCUGUUGGCCGAUUCAAUCCUAAUUUGGGGUAUGUUCAUUGGUACAUAUGAAAAUGGUCGCCAGCGUGUUCACCGUCAACAUAUUGGUUUGGGCCGCGCUGUCUUGCACCCGAUAUGUCCAAUCUCAGAAUGAUGGCGAGGUAUACUCUUUGUUGCUAGGCGACGAUGGAACGGUUUAUGUGGGAGAGGAUAACGCCCUCGUGCAGUAUGGGAACAGAACUGUUAAAAAGGAAAGCAUUGUGGCAUGGGUCAAUAUUACCCGCGGUGAUAGGCUCCCAAACUUCCCUUCCAUAUUUGACUUCGUUACCAUUAGCGACGUUACUUAUUUACUAGAUUGUGGUUCAGGUUACAACCAAACAUGUGUUCUAAGAAAUCUAACUAACAUUUCGUACUUCACCAAACGUUUUAGUAUGACAGAUGACAAUUCAGAAUAUUUUGGAAGCCCGAUUCCGUCAGUCGUAGUAAGUCGGCCUAGUGUUCACGAUCCUGCUUACGUAGAAAUGUUUUCAGCGAUUUCGUUUGAUGUCGAACACCCAUCUUCCUUUUAUGCAUUAUCGAGAAGAAUUAUUUGGGAUAACGGUAGUAGAUUUAUUAUUCAAUACGACCAACCCUUUAACCACGGAGAUUUUUACAUCAAACCGAAACCAGGCUUUUCUUUGACCUUCAUUCACGGGUUCUAUUCAGAGGCCCCUGGCAACCACCAUUACGUGUACUUUAUAAACAAUCGGCGGACUCCUCGCGGCGGCGGCUACAGUGCAUACAUCAGUCAGAUGUGCGCUAACGACACGUACUUCUGGUCUUACAUCGAGGCGCGGCUGGAAUGCAAGGGCUUUACCAACCUGACGUCAGCCGUGACCAUGGAUACUGCAGAUGGACAUUUUCUGCUAGCGGCGUUCAGCGGCGACAAUCGCCUUCUCUCGUCUGCGCUGUGUAUGUACAACGUCGCCAAUAUAGACGCGUUUUUCGAGGAACAACAUAGGAAAUGCUUCCGUGAUGCAGUUGGUUCCACGCCAGACUGGAUACAGGACACGGAGGAGUCUUGUAUAGAGAAAAUGACCCACGACAAUAUCAAAUGCGGCUACACGGGGAACAAUUCGCGGAUCUUGGCGUCGGUAGCCCUGGAGACGGACCGUCUUCUUCUCACGCACCCUGCAACCAUCUCAUCCGUUACCAUGACAACACAUGGGUCGCGCUCCGAUAUUUUGGUGGUGUUUGGAACGGCAUCCGGCGUUAUUCAAAUGUUAUUGUUUAACGAACACUUUAACCGGUCCCGGCCUGUGUACAAGAUGGCGGGGACGCAAACAGAGAUCCGUGGACUGACUCUGUCGCCAGGAAAUGACAUCCUCUACUUUUAUCAGGAAACCAAGGUUACCACGCUGUUUUUGGACGACUGUUCCGUGCAAACCGAAUGCCAGACAUGUGUGACGUACAACCUAGCACGGGAAAGUUGCGCAUGGAUGGCGGGCACGGACAUUCCUGGUCGCUGUGUGAGCCGGUCUGCUGUUUCACGGAGUGCGGCUCAUAUUUUCGAGGAUCAUUGUCCCCCUGUUACAUCAUCUUUGUCCCCCGCCAGAGGUCCGCUAGAGGGCGGGACGCGGCUCACCAUUCAAGGGCAGUUUGGGGACAAUGACACGGCCAUAUGCAUCUACAUCGGCAAGGAAAUCUGUCCACUCAUAGAGAUCUCGCAACAACGGUUUCUUUAUAGACUUGUGUGCAUCACCCCGGAAGUUCUUGAGGCGGCCACUAUGUCAGUCAGUGUCCAUGUAAAUCAUACGCCAAACAACGAUCGUUUCCGGUUAGCGCCGAUAAAUGGCGAAACCUUGGAUCCUGCGAUCAUGUUUCAAUAUGUGGUUCCAUCGUUGGUCCCAGACCAGCGACCGCAUGUUCGGAUGUCCGGUGGCACUCAGCUCGCUUUGAGCGGCCACUUUCUGGAUGCGGGAUCCGUGCGCUCCGUUCACAUAGGCGAUCACACCUGUAUCAUUGGAGACCAAGAUGUCGCGACUCCAGACAUUCUGAAGUGCCGGACACCCGGAGAGGCCACCCUCGGGGAGCACAACCUCACGGUGGUGUUUGACCGCCUGAACUUGACCGGUCCGCCCGUCACCUACAUCCCCGACCCCGUCAUAGCAAAAAUACACCCACAUAUUUCAAUUGCUAGCGGGGGUAUUCUGGUAACGGUCAGCGGACAGUGGUUGGCAGGACUUGGUGCUGGACUCGGUCUGGUUGUCAAUGACGACACCGGCCAAAUAUUGACGACGACCGGAAAGUGUGCCCAUAAGGACGAUGUGUUGGUAUGCCACACCGGAAGUGCCGCUGUAGACCGACUUCCGGUGACAGGAUUUGCGUUUUUGAUGAACCCGUUUGCCGCCCAAAACAAUUUAAGCGUGAUAACUAUCCGGAAUGACCCGGAACUUGGUCAUGUGAACUAUACACUUUCCAUAACGAAGGAUACCGAUAUUGAAAUAAAAGGAAAAUAUAUUCCGGAUAUUCCGCGUGCAAACUUCAACUUCCGGGCCGGAGUGUCGGCGGAGUGCGUCGUCACUCACAUAACAGAGGCCGCUUUGUGGUGCAGGGUAAAAUACGUGGAUGUCCAGACAAGCCAUGGACUGAUACUGCCUUUCAAGGGCACAGUGGGAAACAAACAGUACGAUCUGGGGACGGUGCGCGUGGAACCGCUGGCGUCCAAUACCUACCAGACGACGACGCCCCCCGUCAACUUCGACACUUAUCUCGUACUUGCCGGUUGCUCCCUUGGCAGCAUCAUAAUUGUGGUCGCCAUCAGCUGCCUCGCCAUUAAAUACUUCAAGUCCAAUAAGCAGGUUACGGGAGACCAUUACCGGGUGAGUUACCGAGGAGGGACGGCCGGGAUCAUGGACCUGGAGGGACUAUCUGAGAACCAAACUUCCGAGUCUGUACAGAAUAGACAGAACGAUUACCAGCGGCGUAUCGGGCUGCCACAUGGGGCGGACGGUGACGACUCCAAGGAUACUACGCCGUUACUGCAAUUCCUUGAUGACGUCACGAUGGCGACCCUCCGAGAGAAGGGCUUGCUGAUUGAUAGCGACCGCCUCGUGCUGGGGGAGAUGGUGGGGCAAGGAAAUUUUGGUCGAGUAUACAGAGGCUAUCUGCGUACAGAUGGAGAGAAGGAAGACAUGACAGUGGCAGCCAAGACUAUGCAUAGAAAUAACCCACAGAACCUGGACGUGCAGAUGUUCGUGAAGGAGGCGCUGAUCAUGAAGAACUUCCAGCACAGGAACGUGAUGACGCUCAUUGGGAUCUGUUUCGGCAUUGAGCGGCUCCCUCUGGUCGUGCUCCCCUUCCUGGAAAAUGGCGACCUUCUCUCCUACAUCCGGGACGUCAACAGGGUGAUGUUUCAGGAGCCUACAGUCCGGGACCUGACAGUGUUCAGUGUUGACAUUGUAAGCGGAAUGGAGUAUCUGGCCCAGCUAAAAUUCGUGCAUAGGGACCUAGCGGCAAGGAACUGCAUGGUCGGGGACGACAUGACGGUGCGGGUGUCCGACUUCGGCCUGUCACGUGACGUGUACGAGAAGGAAUACUACAGCACACGUGACAAGACAACUAAACUUCCGAUCAAGUGGAUGAGCCCGGAGAGCCUCGAAUUCGGACAUUUCAGCUCCAAGUCAGACGUGUGGUCGUUCGGUGUGACACUGUGGGAGCUGUUGACGCGCGGCAUGUGCCCGUAUCCGACCGUAGACAAUUGGGACAUGAUGCGUUUCCUCAAGGAUGGACGCCGCCUCGAAAAGCCCGUCUUUUGCCCGGAGGAAAUGUACCAGAUUAUGUUUCGGUGCUGGUCUUGGGAACCGGAAGAACGCCCUACCUUCACUGAGUUGGCUAAAAAUAUCCCGGAACUCCUCCACCGCCUGGAGCGGGCAUCAGAGAAGCGCCGCAGACUGGAAUCCUACCGCGAGUGAGGCCCAACACUACAGUUGCGACUAGUUAAAGCUCCUAUGAAGCAAACAUGUAUAUAACGUUGGAUAGGCGUAAAUACCGACGAGACUCUUGUUUUUUGGGCCAUUAUUUUAUAAUGUUUAUUUUAGUUUGAAUCAAUCGUACUCAUCUAAAUCACUACAUACUCGAAAUAAUGUUGAGCUACACUUUAUGCUGAAUUUCUGGAAUUGUAUCAAUAUUUCCUAUAGCAGACCUAGCGACGUAAGUAAGUUAAAGUCAAGAUUUUUUGUCCAGAACUGUCGUAACAUAUAUAGCUGUUACCACUUUUGAACACAUGGAUAUUUAUGAUAGUAUCAGGUAAAGUGCAGUUUUCAAAGGCACUUAUACAUGACCGCGAAACAGUGGCUCCAGCUCUUUUAGGAGCUAUGUAUAAAAAAGAGCCAAUGACACUUCCGAGCUAGAGUAUGACUCGUUAUUUUAUCUAAUAUCAGAAUUAUGAUGGCUUAUUUGAGAAAUCGGGGAAUGCAGUGCUAUAUAAAUAUGUUUAAUCUUCACACGUAUUUCGGUUAUUUUGUAAACAUUGUUUAUGGAGUUAUAAAACCGAUUCUCCCAUCAAACACAUGCAUGUUUACAAACGAAAGGAGGAAAUUUUCACCAAUUUUCAGCUGAAUUUCACUCAAGAAGCUUACAUUUAAGAUAAAACCAAUAUCAUUGAGUGCUUUUAUUUUGUCGGGAAUAAAAAUGACCGCCGGUUUACCGGAAUAAGCAUGUUUAUAAGCCCUCAUAAUUGUGAUAUUAGAUAAAAUAACGAGUCAUACUUACGUUUUAUGAUGAUAUCCGUUCUUUUGCUCUACCUCGGAAGUGUCAUUGGCUCUUUUUUAUACACAGCUCCUAAAAGAGCUGGAGCCACUGUUUCGCGGCCAUGUUAUAAUCUAAAGUGUUGGCAUUAAGGCAUGACUAGGUUAUUGUUUUUCAUGGCCAUCGUGUAUAUAUAUUUUUUUUUCUGGAUAUAUUUUAAUACAUGUACAUUGUAUAUUGUAAAUAAAGUUUUCAAAUUUUA